UCAUGGGAUGCUUGUGAGCCGCACGUGUUGCAUUUGUUUAUAUGCAGAAUGAACAAGAAAGUUGUUAUUAAUAAACGCGUGAAGGGCUUGUCCCGUGAGGCGCUCGAUCAGCUGAGCAAAACGGAAUUAAUUGACAAAAUUGUGCAGCUAGAGGCGUACAAUUUUCAGCUGAAAAACCUCUUACAAAAGAAACUGACCGAGAGCGACAAAAACAAUUAUGAGUACACAGCUGUACUGCGUAGGGAAGAUGAGCAGGAAUUAAAACCCAAGGACAGCGAGAAAGAUACAUCGGGAAAGAAAGACAAGCAACGUAAGUUUAAUUGGGCCAGUGCACACAAGCGGCAUGUGCUGAUUAAGGUAAUGUAUUUCGGCUGGGAUUACCAGGGCUUUGCGUGUCAGGAGGAUUCAAUGGAUACGAUUGAAGCGUAUUUGUUUCGUGCUUUGAUACGUACCUGCCUGAUCGAAUCCCGUGCUACUUCCAACUAUCAUCGAUGCGGACGCACCGACAAGGAGGUGAGCGCCUUCUGCCAAGUGAUAUCCAUUGAUUUGCGCAGCAAGCAUGCGCCGGAUGUCCAAAUGGAGCCUGAGGCGCUCAGCUCUGAAAUUGAUUACUGCAGUCUGCUGAAUCGCGUGUUGCCCAAAAACAUUCAGUGCGUCUCCUGGAUGCCACUGCGAAAUCCGGCAUAUAGCGCACGUUUCGACUGUAUUUCACGCACUUACCGAUACUACUUUCCCAAAGGGGAUCUGGAUAUUGAGGCCAUGCGCAUUGCCUGCCAAUCACUUGUGUGCCAUGGCGAUUUCAGGAAUUUCUGUAAAAUGGAUGUCCACAAUGGCGUUACGAAUUACAUGCGCAAUUUACAGGGAGCAGCGAUAAAGCCAUGUGAUAAUACAGAUAUACAAAUGCAUUCAAAUUCAGGCUACGCAAUGUACUAUUUGGAGAUACAAGGCAAUGCUUUCCUGUGGCACCAGAUACGCUGCAUCAUGGCUGUGCUGCUGCUGGUUGGGCAGAAGCAUGAGCAGCCGUGCGUCAUCAGUAAAUUGCUAGAUGUCGUCAGCAAUCCUUGUAAGCCACAGUACACGCCAGCGAUUGGCUUGCCAUUGAACCUAUUUCGCUGUGAAUUUCGGGCACACUCCACACGUCAAGCAAUUCCGCCAGCGUCAUCCUCGGCUGCUAUUGAUGACCUUGAUGAUGACGUGGAUCUCGCCGCGCAAAAGCCUGAAAACGUCGAGGCGACGAAAAGUGAUCUAACCGAUUGGGUUUACAGUGAGGAGAAUCUACAAAAGCUCAUCGAGAACGUGCAAUGCGAGUGGACACAGUUCAGCGUCAAGUGCACCAUGAUACGCAACGUAUUGGUGCAGCUGGAGGAUCUCCUUGAGCGCAACUACAAGGCACAAGAGAUCCAAUCACAAGCAAUAAUGCUGCAGGAUGCGGUCAAGCCGCGUCAGUAUCAGCCACUUCUACAGCGCAAGCGAUGUGAGAGCCUGGAAAAUCGAAUUGAGCAUUUUGUGAAAAAGCAACGACUGCUUUUAACAAGCGAUGCAGGAACGGAGACGGUUUUAAGUAAACCGGAUGGUUAAAUAUGUAAUCAAGUAUUUGGUAGAGGUUGACAGUUUCUGCAGAAACAUAUUUCAAAUAAAGAUCUUGAAUUCAUAAUGUUUACUCUUCCCAACUGUUAUCCGCGAUAUACAAACAAUAUCUUGGGGUAUAUGCGAUUUUUGAGUUGGAAAUGCCUUCUUCGCCGUGUUGCACAUUUAUUUUUAAUUUUAAUAAUAAUAAGGAUUGGAAAUAGAAUUUCAAGUCUGUGUAUAGGUACUCAUUUUACGGUAGGCAUUUUAAUUUUCAAAAAAUUGUACAACGUUUAGAAGAUUGGCUUAGAUUAUCUAACUAAUUUAAAAAGGUUGAUUCAUUAAAUUACUUCAAUAUAGCAUGCAAAUAGCCUAGUUUUGUAUGAGUUAUAUUAAGUGAUACAUAUAUAUUAUGUAUGCUAGCAAAGGUACAUAUAUGCUGGGGGCCAGAACAUAACUAGUACUAAAUUUAAGUGUUCUAUGUACAUUUAACUUGCUUAAAAGAAUUAUGUGCUGCUGUUCAGGUAUUAACAAUAGUGCUAACAUUUAUAGUCGAUAUGUAUGUAGAGUGUAUAGCUUUAUGUAUAUGUGAUCCAAUGAUUCGCUUAUGUGCCCAUUGACUUUGCCUUUUGUAGUCUGAAAUAGAUAAACCAAAUAUGAAAUUCAAA